AUGGCUAACAUAGUUUCACUGUUAUUUAUCAUGGGAAUGGCAAUGACUUGCUUCGAAAUAGGUGUAGGAAAUGCUGCCUUGACCAUGAACUAUUACAAGUUCAGCUGCCCAUUAGUUGAUUCUGUUGUGAAAAAAAAUGUUCAAAGAGCUUUGAAUGAUGAUCCCACCCUAGCAGCUGGUCUAGUUAGAAUGCAUUUUCAUGAUUGUUUCAUACAGGGAUGUGAUGGGUCUGUUUUGAUUGAUUCCACUGCCGAUAACACAGCUGAAAAGGAUUCUGUUCCAAAUUUAAGCUUGAGAGGGUUUGAAAUUAUUGAUACCAUCAAAGAAGAUCUGGAAAACAAAUGCCCUGGUGUGGUUUCCUGUGCCGAUCUUCUUGCCAUGGCUGCUAGAGAGGCAAUUUCUUUUGUUGGGGGACCUAAGUAUCAUAUACCUAAUGGAAGGAAGGAUGCAAGAAGAUCUAAGCUUGAAGACACCUUCAAUCUACCAUCCCCAGCGUUAAACGCUUCACAUCUGAUAAGGAAUUUUAGGAAACAAGGCUUUUCUGCUAACGAGAUGGUGACUCUUUCUGGUGCUCAUACAUUGGGAGUAGCACAAUGCAUGUUUUUCAAGCAGAGACUAAUUAAGAAGGAUCCAACUUUGGACUCUCAGCUUGCUAAGACACUCUCUGAAACUUGCCGCCUUGGUGACAACGCCGAACACCCCUUAGAUGCCUCGGGGAUGCAUUUCGACAACUCCUACUUCAAGUCAUUGACCUCAAACAGAGGUGUUCUUGCAUCAGACCAAACACUCUACACUAGCCUAAAAACCAAGAAUAUUGUCCAGAAUUAUGCAAUAAAUCAAACUUUGUUCUUCUCGGAAUUCAAAAAAGCUAUGAUCAAGAUGAGCUUGCUUAAUGUGAAAGAAGGUUCUGAGGGGGAAGUCAGAAAAAAUUGUCGCAAGAUAAAUUGA